AUGGAAACUCACUUCAAUUUUGGGUUCACUUCCACUUUGCUUCAAGCUCGCGACGCGCAGAAAUCCCGAGUCGUUCGUUCUCUAUCCCUUAGCGACGACUUCAUCCCGAGGCACACACGGGACAGUCCUCAGUGCUUGCCGAAUCUGGAAAGCAUUACCUUAUCAAUGGCCGACUCUGAUAACGAUCAUGCCCACGCCCAGCCGGUGCUGAAAGCAUCAGUGCAUGAUAUCAGUUAUCUCACAACGUUGUUGCGUGGAGUCAAUUUUGCCAAUCGCGCUACGAUAACUGCAACGGAGAGCGGCUUCACCGUGACCGUGGAGGAAGCAAGGACGCUGCUAGCAACUGCAUAUAUCUUUGCAGAUAUAUUUGAUGAAUAUGCUUAUCAUUCAGAAGUUGCGCCGUCUCAACAAUCCCAGGACGAUGGUGUGGAUAAUAUAGCGUUCGAAAUCCCCUUGAACACUCUUAUCGAGUGCCUUAACAUCUUCGGCACCGCUGGUGCACACUCCUUAUCUACAGCAUCGGGUGCCAAACGGUGGAAGAAGCAGGGAGAAGAUAAGGGAAGCGAUGAGGAGGAGGGGGAAGGUGCAACCAACAAGAGAGGAGGGAUCGCCCAGUAUUUUGGCGCUGGGUCGGAGAAGAGCACGGGGAUGAGACUGACCUACGAGGGUGCUGGGUUCCCAUUGACGCUCCUGAUUGCAGAAGAUGCAGACGGCCCCACCACAGCCUGCGAGAUCGUGACAUACGAUCCCGAGCCUCAUCUCGACUUGCAAUUCAAGCCAGAUAAGAUGACACUGAAGAUAAUUCUCAAGUCUUCGUGGCUUAGAGACGCCCUCUCUGAGCUGGAUCCCUCUUGUGAUAAACUGACAUUUAUCGGGAAUCCACCUCCAGACGGCGCUCCGCUCGCAGCGUCUGGGAGACCCUCGCGGAAUGCGGAGGUUAGUCGUGGAACUUCGACAGGCAAACCCAUGCUUCGCAUUCAUGCUGAUGGGACCUUUGGGAGUACGGAGAUGGAUUAUCCGAACGACAGGGAUGUUCUCGAAACAUUCGAGUGCGAACAGAGUCAAGCGAUGACAAUGCUAAAAUAUAGUUACCGUACCUCCCAUAUCACACGAGCAAUUCGCGCUCUACAAAACUCUACUAAAACCUCCCUUCGUAUAGACUCUGAGGGACUUAUGUCGAUGCAAUUUCUAAUGCCCUCUCCGUCAGUCAGGAGCAGGGCUGGCGCGGAUGCUUUUAUUGAGUUUAGAUGCUUGCCCCUUGAAGAAGCCCUCUGA